AUGGCCGCCCGCCCGCGCAGCCCGCCCGGCUACGGCGACGCCAGCCCGCCGCCCCCCGCGCGAUGGAGCCGCGGACGGAAGCGCAGAGCGGACGGUCGGCGCGGGACGCCCCGGGACGCCGCGGGCCCCGCCAGGCCCGACAGCUUCACCACCCCCGAGGGCCCCGGGCCCGGGUCUCGGCGCGCGGACUGGGCCAGCGCGGUGGAGGAGGACGAGAUGCGGACCCGAGUGAGCGGGGAGAUCGCCAGAUACAAAAGAAAACUCCUCAUAAAUGACUCUGGAAGAGAGAGAAAACCCUCCUCAGGAAGUUCUGAUUCGAAGGAGUCUGCGUCUGUGGUGCCUGCUGAUUUGGAGACAGACGAAAGCGUCCUGAUGAGGAGACAGAAACAGAUCAACUAUGGAAAGAACACCAUUGCCUACGAUCGCUACAUCAAGGAAGUCCCGAGGCACCUUCGACAGCCUGGCAUUCACCCCAAGACCCCCAACAAAUUCAAGAAGUAUAGCCGACGGUCAUGGGACCAGCAGAUCAAACUCUGGAAAGUGGCUCUGCAUUUCUGGGACCCUCCCGCCGAAGAAGGAUGUGACCUGCCGGAAAUACACCCUGUAGACCUGGGGGAGAUGGAGACGGAAUCUGCAGAAAGCAGCUCUGAGUCGCAGACAAGCUCUCAGGAUAACUUUGAUAUGUACUCUGGCACGCCCACCAAAGUCAGACACGUGGACUGCCCCGUGGGGGACGAGUUUGACCUGGAAGCCUGUUUAACAGAGCCCUUGAGAGACUUCUCAGCCACGAGCUAACGGGUACAGCUGCUGGAGGCGGCUGAGGGCAGGCGUGGCCUCCACCUGCUGGCGAGAGCGGCCCGGCCAGCAUCCUGCCUGGGAACUGGACGGCUCCUGUUCAUAGUUCAUGCUCUCUGGUGAUCGUUACUCUUGCCUUAUUUUCUUAAACAUUAAUUUUAUGUAUAGUGAGUGUAUGUGCAUGUUUUAAAUUGUAAAAUGGACCUUCAUCCGAGGAAAAUUGAACUUGAAGCAAUCUCGCAGCCAACUUCUUACUCAGCCCCUGCUGUCCUUUGCGGCAGCCGCGUGCGCUCACUGGCGAGCACAGGCCUUUCGGGUUGGGCAGUGGCCGCUCGUCCGAGGGCCGUGCGCUCACGGGACCAGUCCAGCUCUGCUCGCUCCUGGUGUCUGGAGUGGAUCAGAGUCUAAUACCUGUGAUGUCUUUAUGGAGGUUUGGGUUUUGGCCCCUUGUCACCAUGUCAAGGUGAGCGUGUGCCUCCGGCAGAGCACCGAGUCGGUAAGAGACUGCAUGGAGCUGUUAAGUUCGCGGGUUUUAUGCCAGUUACACCGUCUGGAAUCGGGACGGGCCGUCUCUGCCAGGCAGCCAGGGGAGUGAGAACGUCACAGCUGGCUCCCGUGUAAAGUUGCUGUAAAUGAUGUAUGUACAGGUUUCCUGUUGAAAUGUUCAGUUGUAAACUUAAGACUGUUAACUUUCUAUUGCUUUUGUAUGGAAUGAUGUUGCAAAAAUAAAAGAACCUUCCUCCACCCAUUUGUCACCUUGCCAGCUAGAGUA